AUGGCAUCGGCAGACGAUCCCGAUGAAAGCGCGGCGAUCGGGCGAGCAAAAGUGACACUUGGGCUGCCGCUCUUCUCGCCCGCUGGUACGAUGCACAGUGGAGGCAGCGGCGUCGUCUCGCAGCGCCGGGCGCACGGUCACGCCCAGCCUCGCACGGACGACUCGCUUGUCGAUGCUCCCAUUCGCCAGCCGAGGAGCUUGGUGUCGGAAGCAUCUCUGUCAAGCAGCGCUGAGAAGCCAAGUCCAAGGCCGCAAGACGAGGACUGCCCAUCAGGCCGAGAGUCUGAUCCCGAGCAGGGCUCGUCUGCGCAUCCACCACAGGACGAGGCACCGACAAUAGCAACGUCCUCCACGUCCGAGGAUUUCAAGUCCUCGAAGCACCGUUCCUCGACUGCGAGCGAGCAGGGCGAUGCCGAUUCCCCACCAGACCUGCAAUCGCGUCUGCGCACCCUCGCCUCGUCCCUCCCAGCCUUUGACGCGCUCACCUCCUCUGCGUCUUUGUCCUCUGCAGUUUCAGCGGCAAGCCAGCGCACACGUACACUAGCCUCGGACAUGCGCAGUCGGCUGUCGACGCUGGCGGCGCAGUACAAUACCUACUCUGGCUAUGCGGCGAUCGAGUCGCUCAAGCAGCAAAUCACACUGCUCGAGUCGGACCUCGACACGAAGCGCCUUCUUGCCGCCCAGGCUAAGCGCGACUAUCUCGAUUCGGUGCAGAGUCGAAGUGCAUCUCAACGCGAGACGAACGACCUUCUAUCGCGCAAAGCCUCAUGGACCGAGACGGACCUCAGUCGAUAUACGCAGCUGCUGCGUGCGGAACAUACGAUGACCAAGCACGAGGCCGAGGCGGAAAAGACGCUGGAACAGACGGAAGCCGAGGUGCAAAAGGCAUUCGACAGCAUGAUGAAGGCCGUCAUGGUGCGGUAUCACGAAGAACAGCUGUGGUCCGAUAGGAUGCGCGGCAUGAGCACGUACGGAAGCUUGAUCGUAGCCGGUCUCAACGCGUUCUUGUUCAUACUGGCCAUCUUACUCGUCGAGCCGUAUAAGCGCAAGAAGCUCGCACAGACCUUCGAGUCGCGCCUUGUGGCAGCUGAACACGAGUCGAGACAGCUCAUCCUCGCAAGUGUAGAGCGCUUCCAACACUCGCUCGAUACCGCCCUCACCCCACCACCACCUGCUCUCGAGCCAGAUAAUGGCCCCGUCGAGACUUUACCCCCCGCGGAAGUCGAGGUGGAGGGGGAGUAUGAAGCGGCUUGCCAGAUUCGCACGCGCAAGCACCAAGAGGAACGCCUCGUCUUCGCUUCCACUGUGGGAGUCGUCGUAGGCGCCGCACUCUCGCUCCUCAUCGGCGCGUGCUGGACAUGA